GAUUAGUUAAUUGUUGUUCUCUUUUGCACUUGAUGUAACCAAUAUGUUCUUAAUCAAGUGAUUUUCUCCAUAAAGAGUAAUACAACGAACCCAAGAUAACCUAAAUUUUAUCGAUUAGAUGAAAUGAAAUGGAUUCGUUGUUGACAAAGUUGAUGGAAUCACUGGGAAUUUCCCUUAAUUGUUUUUAAUUAGAGUUAAUUGUGUGGUAAUCUAAUCUUGAUUGUUAAAUUUAAUUCCGUUUAAUUUUUUGCUUCCAUUACUAUUUCUUUGCACACGAAAUAUUCAUUUUUUGCUCUCGACCAACAAUUUUUUAUACUACUUAAGAUGCGACCCGAACAAUUUAGGAACCAUCAUCGAUUUUAUUACUCCUACCAAGUGACCUGAACAAUAUUCUAAUAGUUAACUUUUACUAUCUCUCUCUCUCUCUUUCUGUGUUUUUAAUUGUUCGUUUUACUUUUAAUACGAAUUACUAAUCAUGUCUUCUGGUGGCGGAUGUUGUGCUAGACCUUCAAGUGAACCUGAGAAAACUACUGGUGGUGGUUGUCGAUGUGGUUCCAAUUGUAAUUGUUGCGCUGAUUGUCCUGGAUCCAAGUGUGGACCUGAUUGUACUUGUGAUCCAUGUCGAUGUUGUCCCGCUGGUAAAUCAGGAUCAGGAAGUUGCGAUUGUUGCAAAUGCUGUGGUGGUUCAGGUUGUAAAUCUGGUGACAAUUGUAAUUGUUGCAAAUGUUGUCCAUCAUCAAAGUGUCGUAGAGGAUAAUCAACGAGCCCAAUCCAAACAACAACAAUUAACCAUAACUUGAUUUAAAGUCAUGUUAUCAAUAAUUAAAAUCAAAAAAGUCUUCCAACUCUAGAGUAGUUUAAAUUGUUAAUCUUUCAAUUGACUCAUCAAUUGAUUGUUCUAUUGCUUUUCUUCAGUGUAUUCCCUUUAUUCAUACAGUAUAAAUCAUUUUCACAAUUGUAAUUGUCCAAUUUAAUUACAUAAAUCAACUGAAAAAAGUGAUUAAUUGAACAACAAAAAACAAACGUGAACUGAUUAAAAUAAAUCUAUUGCAUAUAAUAA